UAAUGCAAUUAUAUUCAUAAGGACUCGAACAUGUAUCAGUUUAUCUGCUGCUCAUGGUAUAUCCAUGUACCACUUGAAUUGAAGACACCAAAGAUAUUCAUCUUCUAUAAAUAUCCAAGGCACUAGCUAGUAAUACUCACCCAAUCCAGUUCCAAAGUUUAACACUGAAUUCUAGCCACAAAGUUCACCAAUGGCUUUAUCCAAUUACCAAACCGAUAGCAAAAGCCAUAGCAGUAGCAACACCAUUGAUCAACCAUCCCAAGUGGUGGUGGUUAUGGUACCUUACCCUGCACAAAGCCAUCUCAACCAGCUCCUUCACUUGUCACGCCUAAUCCUAUCACACAGCAACAACAACAUCCCAAUCCACUAUGUUGGCACUGCCACACAUAACCGCCAGGCCACACUUCGUGUCCAAGGUUGGGACUUAAACUCCAUUUCAAGCACCAUCUAUUUCCAUGACUUCAAAGUUCCUCACUUUGCUUCCCCUCCUCCAAAACCCAACACCGGUGAAACCAAAUUCCCAGAUCAUGCGGUUCCUUGCAUAGAGGCCUCUUCACAUCUUCGUGAACCUCUAGCAGAACUUGUCAUUUCCCUUUCAUCUGUGGCUAAAAGGGUCAUAGUGAUCCAUGACUUCCUAAUGGGGUCAGUGGUACAAGAUGGCAAGAAAAUCCCAAAUGUUGAGAGUUACACAUUUCUCAGCAACUGUUCCUUUCCCUUCUUCACCUUUUGGGAGAACAUGGGAAAACCGCCACUAGAAAACAACUCAAAUAUACCAGAAGUUCCAUCUCUUGAAGGAUGCUUCAACACCCAGUUUCUAGAUUUCAUUACUGAACAGAGUGAGUUCAUUGAAUUCAGUGAGGGAUACAUCUACAACACAGCCAGAGCAAUUGAAGGUCCUUACAUGGAGUUUAUGGAGAGCCUCAUUGGCAGCAAGAAGAAGCAAUGGGCACUUGGGCCCUUCCACCCCUUGACCAUUAAAAACUCAAAUUCAAAGGGAAGACACUUUACCAUGGAGUGGCUUGAUAGACAAGAGCCAAAAUCAGUUAUCUAUGUGUCUUUUGGGUCAACAACAACAUUCACAGAGGAACAAAUUGAAGAGAUUGCAAAAGGAUUGGAACAAAGCAAGCAAAAAUUCAUCUGGGUGCUGAGGGAUGCCGAUAAAUGUGACAUCUUUGAUGAGACUGAAGUGAGAAAACAUGACCUUGAAAAUGGUUUUGAAAAGAGAACUGAAGGGGUGGGGCUAGUUGUGAGAGACUGGGCACCCCAAUUGGAAAUUCUAGACCACCCUUCAACAGGAGGGUUUAUGAGUCACUGUGGAUGGAACUCCUUGUUUGAGAGCAUGUCCAUGGGGGUGCCAAUAGCAGCAUGGCCUAUUCACUCUGAUCAGCCAAGAAAUACAGUUUUGAUAACUGAAGAGCUGAAGGUUGGUUUGGCAGUGAGGGACUGGGCAAAGAGAGAUGAUUUGGUGACUGCUUCAGUUAUUGCGAAUGCGGUGAGAAGGCUGAUGGAAACAAAGGAAGGAGAUGAGAUGCGAGAGAAAGCAAUGAGCCUUAAAGAAGCCAUCCAUAGGUCCAUGGAUGAAGGUGGAGUCUCUCAUGAGGAAAUGAAAUCUUUCAUUGCUCAUAUAACUAGAUAGUUUGAUUUAACCACACAUUCUGGGUUUGAGCAAGUUUGAAUUUUUGGAUAAAAUUUUAAUUGUUGGUGCUUGUUUGCUGGGGUUUUGGAGUUUUAUUUUGAUGAAAUAAAAAGUGGGAUGGAGAAGAAGGAAGAUGAAGAACAUGAUGAUAAAGAUGAAGAAUAUAAUGAAGAUUGAAAAUUUAAGGUUUUUUUACUUUAUUUUAUUUUAGUCACUGUUCUUGGUUAAUUUGUAUUUCCUUAAUUAUUUACAUAAUAUGUUUAACAAAA